CGCGUGGGAGACCCGGAAGCUCUGUGUUGUUCCUCCUGAUUGUUGCUCCGCUUCCAUUUCGCUUUGUCCGUCCACAUGGAGAGUUCUUUGUAUAAGCCGCUACCUCAAGAAACGGUGACACAUCUUAACAUUCAGCCUGAAGGCUCGAAGGAGGCUGAGGCCUUUGUGAAAACCUUCCUGAAGCGGAGUUUGCCCGGAAAGAGUGAUGAAGCCAUCGAAGAGCACCUGACCUACAAAGCCGUGGUCCUGGAGCAUUUCCACAAGCGGAGGAAGAGGCAGAAGAAGAAGAGAGGAAAAGGGCUGUCUGCCAAAGAGAGGAGGGAGAUGCGCCUCUUUGAGAUCAAACCGGAGCAACAGAAGUAUGAGAUAUUUGUCCCAUUGCACGAAUUAUGGAAGCAGUACAUCAGAGACCUCUGCAACGGACUCCGGCCUGAUGCGCAGCCACAGAUGAUUCAAACAAAACUGCUAAAAGCUGAUCUCCACGGCGCUCUCGUUACAGUCACGAAAUCCAAGUGUCCCUCCUAUGUCGGCAUCACGGGUUUCAUCGUGCAGGAAAUGAAGCACGUUUUCAAAAUCAUCACAAAAGAAGACAAACUGAAAAUUAUCCCAAAGUUUAACAACGUCUUCAGCAUCGAACUGGAUGGGUUUGUGUCCUACAUCUACGGAAGCCGGAUCCAGUUCCGCGCCAGCGAGCGUUCUGCAAAGAAGUUCAAAGGGAGAGGAUCCCUUGACCUGUAGCUUUCCUGGAGAGUCGAGAACUGAUGUGGUCUCCAAUGAACGGGAAAUGUUUACAGCUAGACUUUCUAGCCAGAUGAGACUUUAACACAGACUUGAACUGCUCCGAGUCACCUCUGGGCUGAGAGGGGUGGUAUAUAAACGUGGUAAACAAAUAAAUACAUCUGUGAUGUAGCUCCUUGUCCAAUAUUUGUCAAAUAAAAUAAUUCCAGUCAU